CUCGAGCACCAGACUGUGCAGUGCCUAUCUGUCAGCUACAGUGUGUUAUCGCGAAUGUGAUUGAGCCUGGAGGAAAAAAACACAUGUAUGAUUUUACAAACUGAGAUUUUCAAAUGAUUUACCGCGGACUUGGACUAAAACCUUUACAUCUCAACUUGUGCUUUGGACCCACGAGAAAAUACGGCAAACUGCAAGUUCUGGAUUGAACCAAGGCAAGGAAAAGGUCGGGAAGUUACGGAUCUUUGUUGUCCGGACAAGAGAGAGGGGCCCGAUUUCAGGGCAGCCAGUCUCGGGUGAAGUUAGCAAGCAAUCGGUACCAAGGAAGCCAGCAUCGUAAACCAGUUAGGAAGAGGAUAGUCCAGUUUUCGACAGGUUAGGAGAUUACUCGUACAAUUGUUACCUUUAUGAAUGAGAGUUCUGGCAAACUGAUACAUAUAGGGUAUGUUAUUUAAUUCGGAUGUUGACCUCUGUCGUUGAUUUGAUUUGACACUUGUCAACUAACCACGAAUAUCUAGCUAGUUUAGCAUUACCAGCUAGCUUAGCAUUACCAGCUAGCUUAGCAUUACCAGCUAACUAGCUCCUCCUGUCUUGCCAGCCACACAAAGCUGUUGUUCAUAGUUAGCUUGCUAGCUACCAUUCUGGCUAGCUGCCUAUUUACCCUUUAAUUACUAUAACAGGGUUGCUAACUAUCUAGUAAAAAAACAAAAACAGGUUAUAAACAUUUUUGUUUUGUGGGCUCAACAUAGACUGUAACGUUAGAUGUUCUUGAUAACACUUUCUUUGUUGCGAUAGCUAGCCCAUAAUGGCAUUAUUCGCUAGCUAGCUAACGUUAUGCUAACAAUAAGGACACAGAUAGCCUGUACGCUAACUAGGAAACUAGCUACGUCCUUAAAAUAUACAGUUUAGCUAACGUCACGUCCACAAAACAAAUAUGUUGUUUUCAUCUAAAGAGAGGUUAUUGCCAGAUAGCUCACAACAAGGUUCGUUUACUCACCGUCUGUUGAUGAAGCAACAGCGUUGUAUUUUAAAUGUAAUUGUUGUUUUAAACUGUGACAGGUGUUUGAAGCGCUAGCAGUCAGAGAAGUCGGUGGUUAAAUACCAGUUGCAAAACGGUGUUGAGGUUGGAAGAUCAGGACUUCUGCUCGCAGCUUGCUUUCAUCAGUGACGUUAUUUGGACCACCACUGGUACCCUGCCUAAUUCCUGUCCAAGGGACGUUUUGGUUUUGAGCAGCACACCGUACUUCCAACUCCUGCAAGCUGUUUAACCUGGAGGGACUUUAAAAAAAAAAAAAAUUGUGUCCACUAUUGCUGCAUCAUUCAGACUUGCCAAGCUACAAUGGUGGUCAGGUGUUUUAACCUGUAGCAGCGCCUCAACUCCACCUCGACACACAACAGUGGGCCGUAGGGCUAAUCAACAAUUCUCAACUGGAGGACCACACAGACUCUUGACUCUAACUUCUCUGCUGGAAUAGACUAUACCUGUUUCCCCCCCUCUCUCCAGCCCCUAUCCCCCCUUAGUCCCCCUCUGCCUCCAUCCUCUCCCCUCUCCGCCCCCCUCUGCCUCCAUCCUCUCCCCUCUCCUCCCCUCUCCGCCUCCCUCUGCCUCCAUCCUCUCCCCUCUCCGCCCCCCUCUGCCUCCAUCCCCUCCCCUCCCCCAGUGUGUGAGGGGACAGAUGUGAGGAAGGCAGGAUGGGGACCCAGGGCAGCCCGGUGAAGAGUUAUGACUACCUGUUGAAGUUCCUCCUGGUCGGGGACAGCGAUGUGGGGAAAGGGGAGAUACUAGACAGCCUACAGGAUGGAUCGGCAGAGUCUCCGUACGCGUACAGCAGUGGCAUCGACUACAAGACCACCACUAUUCUGCUGGAUGGGAGGAGAGUGAAACUGGAGCUGUGGGACACGUCAGGACAGGGGAGGUUCUGCACCAUCUUCAGGUCCUACUCCAGAGGGGCUCAAGGGAUCCUGCUGGUGUAUGACAUCGCAAACCGCUGGUCGUAAGGCAUCGACCGCUGGAUACGAGAGAUUGACGAGCAUGCCCCGGGUGUACCUCGUAUCCUGGUAGGCAACCGGCUCCACCUGGCGUUCAAGCGCCAGGUUCCUACGGAGCAGGCCCGGGCGUACGCGGAGAAGAACGGCAUGACCUUCUUUGAGGUCAGCCCGCUCUGCAACUUCAACGUCAUCGAGUCGUUCACAGAGCUGUCUCGCAUCGUACUGAUGAGGCACGGCAUGGAGAAGUUCUGGAAGCCCAACAGAGUCUUCACUCUCCAGGACCUGUGCUGCAGAGCGAUUGUCUCCUGCACGCCCGUCCACCUAAUCGACAAGCUGCCAUUGCCCGUGGCGAUAAAGUCCCACCUCAAGUCCUUCUCUAUGGCCAAUGGGAUGAACGCAGUGAUGAUGCACGGACGUUCCUAUUCGCUGGCCAACGCGGGGGGCGGGUCUAAAGGGAACAGUCUGAAGCGUUCUAAAUCUAUCAAACCCCCCCAGAGCCCCCCACAGAACUGCACACGCAACAACUGUAAAAUCUCCUAGUGAUAGACCCUGUCUGGGGGAGGGGGGAAAACUAACACCCUAAACACACUGAAACAGACCCUGGCCCUUCCACUGAGGGGAGGAUGUGUAGAGCCUGUGGGGAGAACCAAGUCUGAGACCUAACCUACACCCUGAAGGGAGGAGACCCUGAAACCUAGCCCUUAACCCAUACCCUAACCCUGGGGGAGGAGAAACCCUGGGGGAGGAGGGAGGUGAAACCUAGUGUAGGAGGAGGAGGAGGGAGGUGUGUGUACACAGACUUGAGGAGACCCGACCAGACAUUUCUGGUCAACCCUCGUCCAUAGGAGGGGUUGUGCUGGAGUUGUAAUACAUCCAGAAUACACCCAGAAUCAUCCAGAAUACACCCAGAAUAAACUCAGAAUACAUCCAGAAUACACUCAGAAUACACCCAGAAUACAUCCACACCCAGAAUACAUCCAGAAUACACCCAGAAUACAUCCACAUCCAGAAUACGUCCAGAAUACAUCCACACAACCCUACUGAGUUCUAGUGUUUUCCCCUCUCUUCUUCCCUCCCUUUCUCUCUCUGUUGAUCAGUGUUGCCUCCUGCUGUCCCAUGAUUCAUAUGUUAAAUAAUAGAUGUUCUCUUCAUGGAUCUCUGCCUGCUCUCCUUCUCUCCUUCCUUUCUCUCUCUCCCUCACUCUGCCUGCUCUCUCUCCAUCUCACUGCCUGCUCUCACUCUCCCUCACUCUGCCUGCUCUCUCCCUACCUCUCCCUCACUCUGCCUGCUCUCUCCCUCACUCUGCCUGCUCUCUCCCUCACUCUGCCUGCUUUCUCUCCUCACUCUACCUGUGAUCUCUCUCUCUCUCUCCAUCUCACUGCCUGCUCUCUCUCUCCCUCACUCUGCCUGCUCUCUCUCCCUACAUCUCCCUCACUCUGCCUGCUCUCUCCCUCCCCUUCUCCCUCUCUUCCACUUUACAUCUAUCCAUCUCCCUCACUUUGUAUUCUCUCACACUCCCUUCCUCUUUACCUCCCUCCUCCCUUCCCUACCCUCCCUCCUU